AGCUAUGGCGUGGAUGGCCAUGGAUGGCGUUGGUUCCGAGGCAUCAAACGAUUUCUUGAUUGUGAGUGAUGAAGGUGGAGGGGUUUGGGAUUUGUUCAAGUUCUUGGUGUUUAAUGAUGGUGGAAGUGGGUCUAAGUUUGUUGGGUCAUUACAACAAAAUCUUGACCAUGGAGGUGGUGGGGAAAUUGAUCACAGGUGGAUCAUAGUUGUCUCCAUUUUAGCCAGGAAAAUAAUCAAAAUACUUGGUAAGCCCAUGGAGUGGACUGGCUAUUUUCUCGACUUUAUUUUCAAUCUUCUCUCUCUCAAUGGCAACCUCCUUGGACUCAUCUCCAGAAUCCUUCAUGGUAAUGUGGAAAUGCCAAAAAGGGGAUCAGAGAGAUUCAUAAGCGCAAUUGGGCAUUUAGAUGGACGAGUAGAUCUAAUUAAGAUGGAGAAAGAGAGUAGGAGUUGGCGAGUCGAGAUGGGGGAUCGAGCGUUGAUGGACCUCUGUAUGAUGAGCUCCAAAUUAGCAUAUGAAAAUGCCAAGGUUGUUCAAAAUGUUGUACAGCUUCAUUGGAAGAUGCAUUUUGUGGACUUUUACAACUGCUGGAAUGAAUAUCAGAAAGAGUUGGAUACACAAGUUUUUAUUAUGUGUGAUGAAGCUGAGGAUGCAAAUUUGAUAGUGAUUAGCUUUAGGGGAACCGAGCCAUUCGAUGCGGAUGAUUGGAUAACCGACUUUGACUACUCGUGGUAUGAGUUCCCGAACCUCGGAAAAGUGCAUAUGGGAUUUCUAGAGGCACUGGGCUUGGGAAACAGAGAGAACACCUCCACGUUCCAGAUGCAUUUGCAAUCAACAAAUGCUGAUGCAACGGGAGGAGGGAAGGCGACGACAGCGUACUAUGCUGUGAGGCGUAAACUCAAGGAGCUCCUCCAACAGCACAAGAAUGCAAAGUUUGUUGUCACGGGCCACAGCCUAGGAGGGGCCCUGGCCAUACUGUUCCCGACCGUGCUAGUGGUGCAUGAGGAGGAGGAGGUGCUGCAACGGCUGUUGGGCGUCUACACCUUCGGACAGCCUAGAGUUGGCAACGAAGAGCUAGGUAGAUACGUGGAGGUGCGCCUGGGGGCAAGGUACCUGAGGCUCGUUUACUGCAAUGAUCUCGUGCCGAGGCUGCCUUAUGAUAACAAAACAUUCUUGUACAAGCAUUUUGGCACCUGCUUAUACUACAACAGCCUCUAUGUUCACAAAACAGUAGUUGAAGAGCCAAAUAGAAACUUCUUUGGGGUGGUGUACUUGAUCCCAGAAUAUGCAAAUGCUGUGUGGGAAUUGGUGAGGAGUUUGCUGAUGGAAUACGUGUACGGCCCCGAUUACCGGGAGUCGUGGGAAUCGUUUUUACUGAGGUUAUGCGGACUUGCGAUGCCCGGUAUUUCUGCUCAUAGUCCAUUAAAUUAUGUCAAUUCUGUGAGGCUAGGAAGACAAGCAUCUCAACUUGAUGAUUAAUUGAGUUUCCCUCCUUGUAUUAAUAAUAAUAAAUCAAAUGUACUUGUUUUGUUUGUCAAGUCAUGUAUGUAAAGUGAAAUAUGUUGCCUGGU